GUAUACAAUCUUGUUGUUUUUCGCUCAAUCUCUUCUCAUCAUAUCCAUGAUUCUUCACAGAUAUAAACAACCCAUUAUAUAUAUAUAUAUGUUUGAGCUACCAUCUUCAAUCUACACAUAGCGAAACAAGAAGAAAGGGUCAGCAGAAACAAUGUAUUCUCAAGGUCUCUUUUUACACUUAAUAAUUCUGUUUCUUCACAUUAUGACCACAACUUCUGCUACUCUUCAUCAUGAUUAUUACAGAAAGACCUGCCCAAAUGUCGAAUCCAUUGUCCGUUCCACGGUCCAAGAGAAGUUCCGACAGACUUUUGUGACAGCGCCAGCCACCCUAAGACUCUUCUUUCACGAUUGUUUUGUUCAGGGCUGUGAUGCUUCGGUGAUGCUAGCUUCGCCCAAUAACACUGCAGAGAAGGAUCAUCAGGACAAUAUUUCCCUUGCUGGGGAUGGGUUUGACACGGUGAUUAAAGCCAAGGCUGCUGUUGAAAGAGAGCCCGGGUGCAAAAAUCAGGUUUCGUGUGCUGAUAUUUUGGCCAUGGCCACCAGAGAUGUGAUAGCUAUGACAGGAGGACCAUCUUAUGCUGUAGAGCUGGGAAGACUUGAUGGGAGGAUCUCUAACAAAGCCAGUGUGCAACACCAUCUCCCUCACCCUGAAUUCAGUUUAAACCAGCUCAAUGCAAUGUUUGCUUCACAUGGUCUAACUCAAAUAGACUUAAUUGCCCUCUCAGGAGCGCACACAAUUGGGUUUUCGCACUGCAGCAAAUUCUCCACACGUAUUCACAACUUCAACAGCAAGAGUAGGACUGACCCUACACUCAACCCAACAUAUGCAAGGCAGCUACAAGAUAUGUGUCCUAUAAAUGUAGACCCCAGAAUCGCCAUUCCCAUGGACCCGAACACACCUCAAACAUUCGAUAACAUGUACUACAAAAACCUUCAGAAAGGAAGGGGGCUGUUCACCUCGGAUCAAUCCUUAUUUACUGACAAGAGGUCAAGAAAUUUUGUCAAUCUGUUUGCAUCAAACAAGACAGCAUUUGAAAAGGUUUUCGUGGCUGCCAUUACAAAGCUUGGACGGGUUGGUGUUAAAACUGGAAGCCAGGGUGAAAUCCGAAGUGAUUGCACUGUGUUGAACUAGAAGAAAGAAAUUUAAUUUACAUCAAUUCAUUUUGAGCAUGCUGUUACGCUUGUCCCUUAUAUUUUUUUAAUUACAGAUGCAGUUCUAUCA